AUGAAGGAGUUCCUUGAUAGAGCUAACAACUUUAUCAAGUUAGAGGAAGCUGUUCGACAAGCCCAGACAAGGGGUGUGUGGAGUUCAAUAAAUGUCCCGAAGCAUAGGUUUAUCUUGUGGCAAGUUGUUAAUGAUCAGCUGCUAACAAGGAACAAAAUGCUGCAAUUUCGGGUCUUGCUGGACAAUGUAGAGUGCCCGGUUUGUGCUGAAGUUGCUGAAUCAAUUCAGCAUCUUUUCUUUGAGUGUAAUCUCUCCUACAAGGUUGCAGAUCAGGUGCAAAAUUGGCUGGGAGUUGGGGGCUGGCCAAAGGAGUUUCAGGCUUGGAAAAACAGGUUGGUGAUCAGCAACAAAAACAAGAAUAGCAGAAUUUGUACUGCUGUCAUGGCAGCCAUGGUAUACAGGCUGUGGUUGAACAGAAACAACUGUGUUUUUAAUGGUUUCUCGAGCACAAUUACAUCUAUUCUGGUUUUGCUUCCUUCAGCUGAGUUUUGUUUGUAA